AACAAAAAUGGCAGACUUGGAAGCAGUGCUGGCUGACGUCAGCUACCUGAUGGCAAUGGAGAAGAGCCGAAGUCAGCCGGCGGCUCGUGCCAGCAAACGCAUAGUUCUGCCAGACCCGAGUGUGCGGAGUAUAAUGCAAAAAUUUCUGGAAAAGUCGGGUGAUAUGAAGUUUGAUAAGAUCUUCAAUCAAAAGCUCGGUUUCUUGUUGUUAAAAGAUUACGCGGAAAAUGUCUCCGAGAGUCCGUGUCCUCAAAUUAAAUUCUACGAGGCGAUCAAAGAAUACGAGAAAAUGGAGACACCAGAUGAGCGAUUAACAAAAGCACGAGAAAUUUAUGAUCAUCAUAUAAUGGUUGAAAUGCUCGCACAUGCUCACAACUACUCAAAAGAAUCAUUACAACAUGUACAAUAUCAUCUUCUUAAACAAAAUGUGCCUCCAGAUCUUUUUCACCGAUAUGUUUUGGAGAUUUGCGAUCAGCUUCGUGGAGAUAUUUUUCAACGAUUUCUCGAGUCGGACAAGUUCACCAGAUUCUGUCAGUGGAAAAACUUGGAGUUGAAUAUGCAGCUGACAAUGAACGACUUCUCAGUACAUCGAAUUAUCGGUCGAGGUGGCUUUGGAGAAGUCUACGGGUGUCGUAAAGCUGACACGGGAAAGAUGUACGCGAUGAAAUGUCUUGACAAAAAGCGAAUCAAGAUGAAACAAGGAGAAACGCUGGCACUAAACGAGAGAAUCAUGUUGAGCCUCGUCUCCACUGGACAAGAUUGCCCAUUCAUCGUGUGUAUGACAUACGCAUUUCAAUCACCCGACAAACUGUGUUUCAUCCUUGAUUUGAUGAACGGUGGUGACCUUCAUUAUCAUUUAUCACAACACGGAGUAUUUACGGAGCAAGAGAUGAUAUUUUAUGCGUCAGAAGUUAUACUUGGACUGGAACAUAUGCAUAAUCGAUUUGUAGUUUAUCGAGAUUUAAAGCCUGCCAAUAUUUUGUUGGAUGAGAAUGGUCAUGUGAGGGUUUCCGAUUUGGGUCUCGCGUGUGAUUAUUCAAAAAAGAAGCCGCAUGCUAGUGUCGGAACCCACGGCUACAUGGCACCCGAAGUACUGGCCAAAGGCGUUGCCUACGACUCGUCAGCCGACUGGUUCUCGUUAGGAUGUAUGCUGUAUAAACUUCUAAAGGGACACUCACCAUUUCGUCAACAUAAGAGCAAAGAUAAGAACGAGAUUGACAAAAUGACAUUAACACAAGAUAUUGAACUGCCGAAUGAAGGAUUGUCAAAAGACUGUCGAGAUCUUCUGGAGGGACUUUUGAAACGAGACGUUCCGGAUAGAUUGGGGUGUCGCGGGAAAGGGCCGACGGAGGUUAAGGAGCAUCCAUUUUUCAAAGAUGUCGAUUGGCAAACUGUGUAUUUGAGACGAAUGACACCACCACUAAUCCCACCACGUGGAGAAGUCAACGCUGCGGAUGCAUUUGACAUUGGAAACUUUGACGAUGAUGAAGUGAAAGGUGUCAAGUUGCAAGACGGGGAUUCAGAUUUGUACAAAAACUUCAAUAUUGUGAUAUCUGAACGGUGGCAGAAUGAAAUCGCGGAGACAAUAUUUGAGGUAGUGAAUCAGGAUGCGGAUAAGGCGGAGAGUAAGAAGCGGUCAAAACAGAAGAUCAAGGUGGCAGUUGAGGAGAAAGAUUCCGAUGUUAUAGUCCACGGGUAUAUCAAGAAGCUCGGCGGCCCGUUCACCUCGGCUUGGCAAACCAAAUACGGCAAGCUCUAUCCAUCUCGACUGGAACUUUAUCCGGAAUCAUUAACUGCUAAGCCAGAGUUAGUAUUUAUGGAUCAAAUCGAAGAUGUGUGCGCCGAAAUGCAGACCAUCAAGGGAGAGACGGCAAUCAUUGUGAAGUUACGAGAUGGGUUCAAAGAGCCUAAGAUUUGCUUAACAAACUCGGACGAAAUCUCUUUGAAAGAAUGGCACACAUCCCUCCGCACGGCUCACAAAGUCUCCCAGGAACUUUUGCAACGAAUGGGCCGAAAAGCAAUCAAAAUCUAUGGAGUCAAUCAUGACCCAAUGUUAUCUGAAAGUGAACGACCUGGUUCUGUGACAAGAGCCUUUCUGAAUAGGGCUAGCAGUGUUGAUUCUGGUGUUUAACUUGAAGAAAAAAAAUUUUCCAAAAUUUUAUUUUUGGAAAAAAAUCCCCCAAGCAUUCCUCUAUCUACGGUACCUUUUGUCUUGUGAUCUCCUCGAUUUUCACACAUUUUCCUAUAGUUUUUUUUGGGAUAAUUAUUUUAGAACACUUAUGUGCUCUUUUUCCGUGCACACAUGAUAAAAACCGCCGAAAAAUGUAUAUUUUGAAUUUUUUCAUCAAAUGCAGCUUACUACAGAGAGCUUACUAUUAGCAGUACUUAUGCCAAUCUUGGGUCCCGCCACGAAAACAGAUUAAUGUACUUUUUGCGUGAAAUCCAUGAGUUCUACUUUGUUUUAGAAUAAUUAUCCUAAAAAACUAUAGCUUAUCUUUAAAAUUAAAUUUAUACAUUCCUUCCACUCCCCCAUCCAUCCCUGUAAAAAAACCUGUAUCAGAUGCACAAUUUAUCGAUUUUCACUGUGUUUCUUUUUUCUGUUCUAAAGAUUUUUUAUUUCAUUAUUUUUAAUGUAAAAACUUUCCUUUUAGAAUCUUACACUUUUUACCAAUUUUACAUCCAUUUUCAAAACAUCUCAAAAACCCAUUUUCAGAUAAAUAAAUUAAAAAUUUAUUUUAUGAA